CAUGCACGUCACUUUUCCCAUUGUUUUCAGAACAUGGUCAUGGAUACAGAAUCAGUGAAAGAUGUCUCUUCCAGGACCAGGAUGGCAGGAGUCCAGGACUCGUUACUGCUGAAGUGCAGGGAAUAACCGAAAUGCCGCCUGUGCGGAGUUUGAGGCGAGCAGCUUGGCGUGCAAGCACACUCCAUUCAUGAUUGCUACUAAAAAAAAGUCUCGACCCGCUGAGUUGGGAGCUAGCCAGGGGUUUCUCCUGCAGUAGCGGGUGUUCAAGAUCUCUAACUUACUCUUUAUCUGUUCGUUUCAGAGUUUGUCCGAAAUGCAUUGGUACUCCAUGAUUCAUGAAAAUGAAUGAAGGUAGCGAAGCGGAGAGCGGAGCAGGUGCGCACGCACAGGAGAAUUCUGAGAACGUCGGGCUGUGGAGGAAACAACGAGGACGAGUGCUGCUGCAGUUGUGUGGCGCGUUUGUCCUCUACUGGCUCACGCUUGGCACGGACUUUUCCGAUGGAAUUAUUUACGCCAGGCUUAUCCUGCCUCGCUGCGAGUUGCCAUUGAACGACACGCUGGAUCCGAGCGAUGCCAACAGAAGCAGUCCCUCAUUAUUCGGAGCUGUUUCUCCAAUACCUACCGUGGCGGGGCAACAUGUGAUUGCAACGAGUAAAACUGAAUCAUUUCCCUCUUCUUCAUCACCGCCAAAUCAGAGUGAUACUGGGGUGAAGGAUUGCGGGGGAUUCGGCGAAGGAGCAUCACAAACAGCAUGGGUGACUUCUCUGGCCACCGCCGUGCGUGUAGGGUUUGCGUUCACCGGUGGUGUGUUCAUCGAUGCCUGUGGCGUACGGCCGACAGUCAUUGCAGCCAGUCUGGUUCUUAGCUUGGGUCUAGUCCUCAGUAGCUUUGCAACACAGCUGUAUCACGUUUACUUGACAAGAAGUGUGUUGUCUGGCAUGGCUGCUGGCGUCCUGUUUUCCGUGCCGAUCCACUGCCUGGCACUGUCUUUUGACAAGAAGAUUGCUGUGGCAAGCGGGUUAGCCUACGCUGGAUCAGGAGUGUGCGCUAUCGUGUACGGUUAUCUGGGAAAAGUGGUGGUUGUGGCUGGUGACUGGCAGUGGUACUAUCGCAUGGUGGCUGCCUUUGCCUUGCUCGGUAUACCGGCAGCAUUUGUCCUGGAAGUGGCGCCCAAACAUGAAGACAAUGCCACUUUAUUAGCAGAAGGUGAUGAGCAGGCCUCGACAAUGGGCAGAACAAGAACAUCCUGCUCACGUGUACUGCAGCGGCUGGUAAUAGGAUUCCGAGACUUGUUUGAGUCGCUCAAAAAGGGCCGCGUGCUGUACCGUGAUGUGAACUUCAUCUUGAUCGGUGCCUGCUACUUUCUAUAUGGCUUGGGAAUGUUCUUUCCGUACAUCAUAUCGAGUCACCGCUCGCGUACUCUUGGAAUCGAGUCAACUGAUGCCUACCUGCAGGUGGCCUACAUAGGCUUUGGCACGACAGUCGGUGACCUACUCUUUGCUACUGCUGGUGCAUUACUGACUUCCCGUGCCACACUCUACCAGGCGUCGGCCGUGGCUGUUCUGGGCUCAUCCGUGCUGCUCAGCAUCCUGAUCACCACCGAACUCGGACUGACCAGCUUCAAUAUCUUCUUCUCCACGGUCGGCGCCUUUUCUGCGGCAUCGGGCGGAGCGGUGGCUCGUGAGGUGGUGUCGGUCGAUAUGACUGGGCAUGCCUUUGGUCACCUCUACAUGCUGAGCGCCCCUUCAAUGGGACUCGGUCCACCAGUGGCAGGUUGGAUUUACGAUGUCACGCAAAGCUACACGCUACCCUUAGUGUUUGGAGGCGUGGUGCUGCUGCUAGCUGCUGUGCUACUGUUCAUUGUUGAUGUUCGUAUCUACCGACAGCGCAAGCGGGCAGAAAAGCCAGAUGAGCACAAACUUAGCACUCACUCAGCCAACGACGGUGAUAAAUGGAGCUUUAUUGAACAUGCGCUGUACUGACGUGACGCCAAUCUGGACUUACUCACACUGUGCUAAGCCUUCCGUGUGCAGUUAUCUUCUGCGUCUUGCUUGAUUGCGCUCAGCUUCUGGUACUCUACUUUGCAGCAGCACUGGAAUUCCUGGUGCUGAGCUGUUCAACGUGCUGCAGAAGUCCGGUGCUGAUGUUAUAGGCCAUGGUGCUGAUUUACUUUGCACUGGAAUAAGUAAGUCAUUGGAGUAGUUCAUACUCGGACCCACAGCGGUGACACCCAUCGCCUCUUGAUGCUGCCUGAAUCAGUUCUUGCGCUCUUGCUGGUGUGGAAGUUGACCUGUUUUAGAAACCACACCGAGUGUUUGCUCCCAUGCGAUUUUACUGAGCUCAGACUGUCCCAUCAGAAUGACAUGGAAGAGGCCCAACAGGUCACUGGAGCCACAUUGCCUCAUAUGGUCCAAGCUGCAUGGUGUGAGUGUGUGGCCAAAAAAAGACAGCAGCAGCUCGUAUGUUAUGGUAUCUGUGUGUUUGACGCAUACAUUAUGUUUCAACGGCCUAUAUAACCCGCUGCCUGUAUCAAACACACCCACAGGACAAUGACAAGUAGUCCGUCUCACACAGUGCUGGCUGAUGGAUGUUUUAAUACUUGAAGCAUGUAAGUUAUAACAGAACAAUAUCCACUCCUUUCCACCGUGUUUCACCAGUCUACGUGUGCGGCAUAAUCACUUGAGGCCUCCUGUUAUAAGCUAACGAUAAUUUACAAGUAACCAAGAUCCCGGCUCAUAAUCCAUUGGUACAUAAUACUACCGUACUAAGCUGCCUUGACCUGUCCGCAUUUCAUUUCCCUCCAAUCAUUUCUGAAUUCACACUUGAUGAUAUGUGUACAAGUAGUAACUUAAUAUUUUCUAGAGACACGCCGUACUUUUUAUGAAAGUUGCGUUGAUUUCUGUCUGUA